AUGACGGACGGGGCCGCUUUUAUUCUUUCUUCAAAGAUUGGCGAGUUGCCACCGGCACACCCAUUCCAUGCCGUAUUCAAGGGCCUCAUCUCGGAAAAUGAGGACCACUGGACCUCAGGUCAAUGGAUGACGGAGAGAGCUGGUGGUAGCGAUGUUCAGAAUACUGAGACUUGGGCAACAUACUCCCCGUUGCCAAAAUCCUCGGCCUCGGGCCCCCUUGGAGAUGGAGACUACUUGAUUAGCGGUUUCAAAUUCUUUUCUUCUGCCACUGAUGCCAAUGUAGCCCUCCUGCUCGCCAAGUCUCCAUCAGGCAAAUUGAGCACUUUUUUGGCUCCCCUUCGACGAAGAGUUGUUGACGAGGAUGGGACCCCUCGGCAGAUUUCAAACGGUGUGAGAAUUCAUCGCCUAAAGAACAAAUUGGGAACAAAGGAGCUGCCGACUGCCGAGCUCGAAUUGAAAGACAUGCGCGCCCAUCUCGUUGGCGAAUUGGAUCAGGGAAUAGUUACUAUUGCGCCUCUUCUUAAUGUCACUCGCAUUCACACAUUCGUUGGUUCCCUAUCUGGCUGGCGCCGUGCUAUCAGCAUUACCAAGGCCUUUGCCAAAGCCAGAUCCACAGUCGGUGAACCUCUUUGGUUGAUCCCUAUGCACCUACGGCUUCUGGCAGAUCUGGAGGUGAAGCACCGUGGUGGCAUGAACCUUGCUUUCUUCACCAUUGCAAUCAUGAAUCUCGUUGAGGAUCAAGGUUCCAAGCCGUCUGGACUUGCUCAUUUACCUCGUCCGGGCAAGGAGGCAAAUGUUGUCUUCCGUACUCUAACAGCCACGGCCAAGGCAGUAGUUAGCAAAAUGGCAAUCGCAGGCAUCCAGGAAUGCCAAGAAGCCAUGGGUGGCGUGGGAUACAUGGAUGAGCCCGAUGAGCCUGAAUUUAAUAUUUCACGGAUCUUCCGAAACACCUCAGUGAACUCGAUUUGGGAGGGAACGACAAAUGUGCUGGCAAGCGAAGUGGCUCGGUUCUUGUUAAAGGCCGACAAUUUAGCUACGUUUUCUAAGUGGCUCAAUCGUACUCUGGCUUUGAUUCAGGAUGCGAAUCUGCGCGGAAUAUUGAGUACUGCGUGGUCUGUUUUGAGAAAACGAUUCACCGCAGAGGAUCAAUCUCCCACUGCCAUUCUGGCAGAUGCUCGUCGCCACAUGUUUACUCUCGCCUGGAUAUUAUGCGGCACACUAUUGGCACUGGACGGCGAACGCGAUCAAGAUCCAUUAAUUAUGGAGAUUGCUCGGCGCUGGAUUCUCAGUGCUGAGGGUGGCGUUGGCGACAUGGUAUUUCAUGACAUUGUUACGUCUCAAGGUGCUGGUUGCAAUGGUGAUCAGCACCUAGAAUGGGACUGCAAAAUUGCAUGGGGGGUUGAGCUACCAGCACACCGUGCAUCUGGUCAUCGAUCCUUACAGAAGACGGGCUCAAAGCUUUAA